AUGCAAUUACAACUGAUCUCCUUUGUUUUGAUCAUCUUGCACUGCAUGGAUUACACUGGAUGUCAGCAGCACAGCACCUCCAGGCACCGGCAACGUAGACAGAUCUCUAGUGUGAGUUCAGGCUGCCAGCAGAGUAGCUGUCUUACCUGCUCUGACUACAAUGGCUGCCUUUCCUGCAAGCCACGCUUCUUCAUGUAUUUGGAGAGGAUUAGAAUGAAGCAGAUCGGGGUGUGCUUGACUUCCUGUCCUCCGGGCUAUUACGGCACUCGCUCACCGGAAAGAAAUAUAUGCACAAAGUGCAGAUCUGAGUGUGACUCUUGCUUCAACAAGAACUUCUGCACACGUUGUCGGAUAGGGUUUUACCUUCACCUGGGCAAGUGCCAAGAGACCUGUCCUGAGGGGCUGGUCCGCAGCGAUACACAAAGGGAAUGUGUUCCCAUUGCAGAGUGCUAUGCAGAAUGUGAGUUAUGUGUGAACAGUGAGACAUGCACCAGGUGCCGGCCUGGCUUGUACAAGCUCAAUGGGCGAUGCCACCACUUCUGUCCUGAUGACUAUGAGCCCAAUGACAAACUAAUGGAGUGCGUACCACAAGUGCACUGUGAAGUUAAUAUAUGGAGUGAGUGGAGUCCCUGUUCUCGAUCCGGUAGAACCUGUGGCUUCAAGAGGGGGCAGCACACCCGCACACGCCAGGUGCUGCAGUACCCAUCGCCUUUUGGCAGGCCAUGUCCAGAGAUCUCUGAGAUCAAAGACUGUUCAGUCAAAAGAAGAAAGUGUCCAGGACAAAGGCUUACUGAUCGAACAGAACGGCGGAACCGCAAUAACCGCAAAGAGAACCAUGAGGCCAGAAGAGAGAGGAAAAGAGAGCGUGACAGGGCUCGAGAUGCGGGUGAUCGCCAAGACAACAGGAACAAAACAGAGCACAGACAUUGGCGAGGUCAUGUCCCGGAUCCUGUCUCGCCUCAGGAGGGCCUUGUACAGUAG